AUGGGUUCGGCGAGAUUAACGUCGGUGUUGCUACUGGUUGCUAUUGUUCUGGGGUUAAGUUGUAGACAUAUAGCGACGGCCAGGCCACUUUUGGAGACAGAGCAGCAACAACAACGGGCGCUGAUUAUACAGUCGCUGCAAAGGGGACCGGUGCCACCGUCUAAAUCGUCGCCGUGCGGUCAUGUUCCCGGCCGUGGGAGUGGUCGGUGCCCGUUGAAUGAGAUGAACGUCGCCGGGUCCGGCCUCUUUGGGGUUCGGCCGCAUCCAGCACCGGCCGGUGAUGUUGUCGUCGCCAUGGAGGUCGCCCCCGUCGCUAAAGCCAACUAG